AGUUAUUUAUAAUAUUUUUUGUCAUACAAUUGGUUCUAUUUUUAAAGAAAAUUUAAAUUCAUCAUACAAAGACGGCUGUUUUAGGCCGUUUCAUUAUGGAUUUCUAUAAAAGCCGCAACAGUAACAGUACCAGCAGCCAACAUAGUAACAGCAAUAGCAGUUUUAAAUCCCAUGCCUCCUCAAGUAAUAACGGUGCUUCCUACAAUUUAGAAUAUUGUACCUCAUCAUCAUCACUGUCACCUUUUGGUACAAGAACAAAUCUUUCAUCUAUUGCCUCCUGUCCAUCUUCAUCUGCCAAAACAAUUGUUAAUGUGGGUUUAGAGGAAGUCAUUCUAUCCAUUUCAAAUAGCAGCAGUGCCUCACACAUCUCAGCCUCAUCGUCGUGUUCCUCAUCGCUAACGCUUGGUAAAUUAUCAAAUAAUAUGUGUUCUUCUAGUCGUAACAGUACAACAGCAGCAGCGGCAUCAUCAUCAGCAACAGUAGCAGCCAUCGUAGCAACAUCAGCCGGCACCAAACGUAAACGUUGUAUAUCCACAAGUUUAGACGAUAGGGACCCCGAAUUAGGCUUUGAGCCAUCUGCCAAACGUCAACAGCGCUUGCCAUCGCUAUAUCAAAGUGACAAUGGCUCUGUGGUCUCCUCCGCCUAUCCAUCACCUGUUGAUGAAAUUUUGGCUCAAGAAAUCGAUACGCGCAGCUCAUCGGAAUGUCUAUCGACCGGUACAGAUUUUGAGGUGGUCAAUGAUGCCAUACCCGAUAGUCCCAACAGUUUAAGACAUGACGAUGAUUACGUUGAGCACAUAAUAGAAGAUGAUGAUGAUGUUGUUGUAGAACAUGAGGUUGUGGUUGAGGAUGAUGAUAGCGACCAUAUAACAGACGACGAUGAUGUCGAUGAUAUUAUCUCAGCAUCACCCUGUUCAACAACCUCUACAAAAAUAUCACAAAUUUACAAACCUGCCGCUAAACCACAAAACCUCUCAUCUGAUGAGGUGGAUAAUGCUGGUGUGCAUCAUGGUGAACGCACCCCUGGACAAAGAUUAUCUACCGGUAAAACACCAAAUUGCAACAAAACAUCCGCCUCUCAUUUAAACCAACAGCCCAAGGUAAAAUCCUUUGAUGAGUAUUUGAAUAGCCAUUACGAUGACUGUAUGACACCGGCUGCUGAUCCCGAGCCACCCAGACAAUGUCCUCUGCCCGCCCUGUCGUGGGCCAAUGCUCAGGAUGUCUGGCAAUUGAUGUGCAAAAAAGAUGAGCAGGCCUCCUGCUUAAGAGAUUGCAAUAUGUUGGAUCAUCAUCCCGGACUACAGCCUCGUAUGCGCGCCAUUCUACUCGAUUGGUUAAUCGAAGUCUGUGAAGUGUAUAAACUACACCGUGAGACCUACUAUUUGGCUGUCGACUAUUUGGAUCGCUACUUGAGUGUCCAGAAGAGUGUACAAAAGACCCACUUACAAUUGAUAGGCAUUACCUGUCUGUUUGUGGCAGCCAAAGUUGAGGAAAUCUACCCACCCAAAAUUGGCGAAUUUGCCUAUGUCACCGAUGGUGCUUGCCAAGAGAACGAUAUCUUGCAACAUGAAAUUUUACUGUUGCAAGCUUUAGAAUGGAGUAUUAGUCCUGUGACACCCAUCGGCUGGUUAGGUGUUUAUAUGCAAUUGAAUGUUAAUAAUCGUACACCAGCAUCGUUUCAAGCGUCACAAAGAAAUCAAAACAUCGACACCAACUCCUGCACCACAAUAAAUACAAACUCACCAAAACAAAAACAAAAACCUGCCUUUAAUAAUAAUAACAACACCUCAACAAUGCCACAAAAUUGUGAGGUCGAUGAUGCUUUCAUUUAUCCACAAUUUUCGGGCUUGGAGUUUGUGCAAACAGCUCAGUUAUUGGAUUUAUGUUCGCUGGAUGUUGGCGUUGGCAAUUUCCCUUAUUCGGUGAUUGCAGCAGCGGCUAUGUCACACACAUUUAAUAGAGAAACUGCUUUACGUUGUUCUGGUUUGGAUUGGCUAACAAUACAGCCCUGUUCGCGUUGGAUGGCACCAUUCUUUGAAGUGAUAUCAGAAGAAUCGCAUAAUUUACAUUUAUUAGAACAAAAUGAGCAAAUCACCACUAAAUUUGGCUUGGGUCAUAUAUGUCCCAAUAUUGUGACAGAUGAUUCUCACAUAAUACAAACCCACACCACAACAAUGACGAUGUUUGAUCGUGCUUGUCUUAUACAAGAACAAAUCAUGGCUAUGGCCACAAAAAUCAAACAAGAAGCUUCUCCAGCUACUGGUCUUAUGUGUCCCGAUGGUUUAUUAACACCACCCGCAUCUAGUCGCAAACCCAUGGGCAUUAUAGAUGAAGAUGAUGAUGAUGAAAAUCAUCAAGAUCUUGAAAAUACAAAUUGAGUUUAGGUUUCAAAACAAACAAACAAAGAAAAGAAGAACAAAAGACUUGGUGUUAAACAAGUAAACUUUAAACACUGCCCCACCCUCAAGAAAACUACUCUCUACGCUAUAACCUGCCCCCCUUUAAAAAAGUGUGGUGUCUGCAAUUACAGUAAACUCUUUUCUACCGCCCCGCCCCCAUCACCCUUACAACAAAUACGUUAAGUAAAUUUAAUUUAUCAUUAACUUAUAUCAAAACAAUAUGCACACUCAAACACACAA